AUGAUGGAAGGUAUUUGGAUGUUACUCAAAGUAUGGUUUAAAAUUGAUUUAAGAGAUUAUAACGAUUGGUUGUGUAUAUUUCAUACAAGUUUAUCAAACUAUUUUUUAUAUUUCUCAGCAUAUAUGCAAAGCAUUUUAUCAAUUCAGCGUUGCUAUGUUGUUUUACGUCCAUUGAGAGUAAAAUCAAAAUCUUUAUCAUUAUCGAGAUUAUUGAUAUACCAAGGAGUGAUAUCAUCAUUACUCAUAUUACCGAUUCUCCCAUACCCACUUUAUUGGAGAGUUAUAGACGGGGAUUGUGAUCCUGUGAAUGAAAAACUAUUUCGUCUCACAACAUUAUGCGACUUAUUGAUAUGGGGAUUUAUACCUGUAUUUGUCAUGACAACAUGUACUGGUAUUAUUUUCCGUAAUUUAUUCAUAAGACACAAGUUUGUCAAGUCGACUUUUCAGAAAAAUAUCAAAAUGAGCAAUAAUCAAAGUUCUUGGUCGUACACCAGUACCAGUACCAGUAAUUUAUGUAAACAUAGUUAUCAGUCGGAGUAUGCAAGUCAUAUGAAAACAUUGAGCCAUUCAGAAAAUCUAUUAUUAUGUCAAGAAACUGUAUUUAAUUCAUCUGAUCAUAGGACUAGUUUUAUAAAUGAUAUUAGACUACCUCCUGAUGUAAAUCAACGUCGAUACAUCUCACAAGAUAGUAAUACACGUAUAACACCUCUUUUAAUAUGUAUGAAUCUUGUUUAUAUGGCGAGUGUAUGCCCACUACUUAUCUACUUUCUUUGUUUAAACUUCAUUUUUAAAAGCAUUGAUAGUGAUACGCAUAGAUUUUUCUAUUACUUAUUUCGAAGUUUUUGUUUACUAAAUACAUGCACCAACUGGAUAUUUUAUUGUGUUGCUGGUAAAAUGUUUCGUGAUAAGACUAAACAAUUACUGAUAUCAUUGUGUCAUACACGAAAAAAUUCAACCCAUAUUGAUGAAAAUGGCUAUUUAAUAAUUAGAUAUAAUAAUAAAAGUAGAUGUUCAAUAUCCAAUGUGACAAGGAUAAGUACAAAACUUUCACAGUCAAUAAACUAA